AUGGCUCCUCCUGACCCAAUCCUUGGAGUUUCUGAAGCAUUCAAAGCAGACACACAUGAAAUGAAGCUCAACCUUGGUGUCGGAGCCUAUCGCACAGAAGAACUUCAACCUUAUGUCCUUAAUGUUGUAAAGAAGGCAGAGAAUCUUAUGCUGGAGAGGGCAGAAAACAAAGAGUAUCUUCCAAUUGAGGGUUUGGCUGCAUUCAACAAAGUUACAGCAGAAUUAUUGUUUGGAGCAGGCAACCCAGUGAUUCAGCAACAAAGAGUUGCAACUGUCCAAGGUCUUUCAGGAACUGGUUCUCUUCGACUUGCUGCAGCACUUCUAGAGCGAUACUUUCCUGGGGCACAAGUUGUGAUAUCAUCUCCAACUUGGGGUAACCACAAGAAUAUUUUCAAUGAUGCUAGAGUUCCUUGGUCUAAAUAUCAUUACUAUGACCCAAAAACAGUUGGUUUGGAUUUUGAUGGGAUGAUAUCAGACAUAAAGUGGGAAAAAAUUGCUGAUGUGAUUCAAGAGAAGAACCACAUUCCUUUUUUUGACGUUGCUUACCAGGGAUUUGCAAGUGGAAGCCUGGAUGAAGAUGCAUCAUCUGUGAGGUUGUUUGCUGCACGUGGCAUGGAGCUUCUGGUUGCUCAGUCAUACAGUAAAAAUUUGGGUCUUUAUGCAGAAAGGAUUGGAGCAAUCAAUGUUGUCUGCUCAUCAACAGAUGCAGCAGCAAGGGUAAAGAGCCAACUGAAAAGGCUUGCUCGGCCAAUGCACUCGAACCCUCCUAUCCAUGGUGCUAGGAUUGUUGCCAAUGUUGUUGGGGAUCCAGCUCUCUUCAAAGAAUGGAAAGAGGAGAUGGGCUUGAUGGCUGGAAGGAUAAAGAGUGUGAGGCACAAACUAUAUGACAGCCUCUGUGCAAAGGAUAACAGUGGGAAGGACUGGUCAUUUAUUCUCAAGCAAAUUGGCAUGUUCUCUUUUACAGGCCUGAGCAAAGCUCAGAGUGGCAACAUGACAAACAAGUGGCAUGUGUACAUGACAAAGGAUGGAAGAAUAUCUUUGGCUGGAUUAUCUUCAGCCAAGUGUGAAUAUCUUGCAGAUGCCAUCAUUGACUCAUACCACAAUGUCAGCUAGAGAAGGCAAACAUUGGAAAACAUUUGGUGAGUCUGUUAAUUCGUUUUUGAGAUAACUUUAUACGGAAAUGUUUGGAAUAAUGUAUCCUGACUCUGUAAAAAAUUGGAGUUUGAAGACCUGUCUGAGAUCUGUAUGGGGCAAUUUGUAGACAUAUAUUUUUGUUCUUUAAAGAUCCAUAGAAAGUCUCAUUUUUGCUACAUAUUUAGAUACAGAACGGUAAAGACUACUUGCAAUUAGCUUCUUGUACUCUAGGUAGGGUUAGGAUGAAUUUGAGUUGCUAAAUUACAAAUGUGAGGUUUGGGCUUUUAGGGCACCACCGAUUCUCUGGUCUCUUUUUGGGCC